AUGAUUGGAAAGGUGCCUCAUGAGGUUACCUAUGCGCAAAUCCGCGACCUUUUUGAAUCGAUCCCACUACCGCAAAAGGAUGCUAUACCAGAACAAAACUGCGUCACUUGGACGAGAGCUGCAAUUCGUAAGCUUCGGGAGAACGGUCUUGCAGAGCAAUUCGAUCUCGAUCGGUUUAUGGACGAGUCGCUCGCAUUCGCAGAUCAACGCUUGCACACCGGAUCUACACCCACUAGCAUCAAUUACACUACUAGGCCCAUGUGA